AUGUUGUCAACUCUGAGAAGGGUACAGUGCAGGCGCUUGGAUGAUUUUGAGCUAAGGAAAUGGCUACGGCAACUUUCCAUUCCGAGACGGGUCUCUUUAACGGAAUGCCUUAAUGAGCGUUUAAAUGUCUGGAAAAUUUUGGAAAACGAGAAUUUCAUUGCAAUUUCCAACAAAAAGUUUGGAUUUACUGGAAAUGGGUUUAUCGGAAUGGGUGGUAAUGGAGAGCUGCGACUAAAGACGUCUCGGGUUUUAUCAGUACGAAGUGCCUUUUCUCCCAUUAUUAAUGCAAAAAUUCAGGAUUCAGAAUCGUAUGCUGAAAGUUAUAUAAAUGAUUAUCGUGACGGCACCAUCAUCACUAUACGAUGUUAUCGUAUUAAGGAUCAAUGUGUAUGUACUACGCAACGUGUUUAUGCUCACCGAAGAAGACCACAUCUUUUGAUCCAAGAACUUCAGGCAACAAAUCCAUCGAAUAGUGAUGUUGAAAUCGAGCUGUCUGUAAAAAUUUCGGAAUAUUGGACGCAAACAAAGAGUAAUAGUUUUUCUGAUCCAGUUUAUACGCGUUAUUUUGAAUCAGAUGGAGCACAUAUAUUAGCUGCUGUCAUAUGUACCAAAAUUCCCGCGACUGUUACGGUUGAGCAUAAACAUGAAAUUUCUUUACGCUUUCUGUGCGUGAUCAAUUAUAUUUCACCACUAUCCGCCGAAAAAAAAAAUGAUGAGUUAAAAUUGUUGGCUGAAAGUAUUACCAAGGAACUCACAAAUUACAGUUUAUUGGAUGGAACCCUUCUCUAUCGCGAACAUUCAAUUGCUUGGCAUGAGUUGAAUACGAUUACAUUUGGUAUCUCAAAAUCUCUGGCUCCAAAUGCUCUUAAUGCUGACGAAAUAAAUGCCACGCGUUAUAUACUGCUAUCAAAUAUGCGUGAUCCAUUACUGGAACUUGGAAUUAGUAAAGAGCAAAAGGAGGCAGCAGCAGCAUCAAUGAAGGUAAUAGAUGUGUGUUAUACAGGGCAUUCAACGCUUCUCGUACCUUCUCGUUUGUGGAAGAAAUCCGAUAAUAUUAAUGAAGUCAUUGAAACGAUGGAUAUCUGGUUAUUAACACUGGAGAAGCGUGGCUGUUCUGGACUUUUGAAAGCUGGCGCUAGCGGUCUUGCUGAAGCAUUUGUUCUCAGUCUUCUUGCAUCAAAAUUUUCACGAGAACAUCUGGAAGUAGAUAUUGAUCCGACUGAUUUACUGCGAGAAAUUACUGUUAUAAAUUUAGCUUAUUCUCCUAGUACAAGGGUUUCAAUCAGUAUCCGUUUAAGUAGUGGUAAUCGACCUUAUUUCAUGAUCUCGUCCGAUUCUCAGGUUUUCGCAUGUGAUGCAGCCUGCUUAAAUCAUCCGAUAGCUAUCGGACGCUCGAGUGUACAUAUUCCGGUCAAAGUAACUAAACCAGCUACUCCAAUUUUGUAUAUUUCACACGACAAAAAUCAUCUCGAGCAAUUGCGAGGAACAAUACACGUUGUUGAGGUUAUGGAUGCUCCAGCUCAUGAGCAUGGAUUAAUUGCACUUCACAAACAUGGUCAUCGUUUGGGUGGUCUUCCAAUAAUGUUUUGGUUGAUGCUUGGUGCUUUAAUGAUUGUAUUUCAUUUAUUUCUUUUCAAGUUGCUUUAUUCCGAGUGGAAAAAAGCUGACACAAUGCCGUACAAUUAUUACUUGCGACAACGUUAUCUUCGCAGUCAUUGA